AUGUCAUUAGCUUCUCUUACUUACGCAUCUGCACUCGGUGGUUCUUUGUCUAGAAGCACCGCUCCCGAACCUCAAAUCGUGGCUAGGUUAACUAAUCCUCAUAUUCCUGCCGCCAGAGGCAGGGUUAACUUUGAUCCAUCUGAACCAUCCGACCUAGCAGCAAGCAUGAGUCUAUCAGCAGAUGAGUCCGAAGGGCAUACGUCGGUAGGCGAACGUUCUGAAUGGGCAGCUAUGGUCCACCCAAUCAUAUUUUACUGCUUCAGAAUCGCGAUCAGCUCAGUUUCUUCUUUUUCUGAAAACUUGUUUGAUAUGAUGACCAACAAUGUUUCUUCUUCUCCAAGAUACGCAUACUUCAGAUAUCUCGGCAAGGUUUUCAUCACCAAUUUGGGUGCUUGCCCUACAGAGGGAAAAAGUUUGUAG